UGGAUGCGAAAUCAGUGAUAUUCUCAAGCAAAACAUCCAACAGCUUCAUCUGGUUGCAUGCGCCUGACCACCAGUUUGACCGCCUUUACUGUCUGUUUCAAGGCAGCCUCUGAAGCGACUCACUCUUACAGUUUGCUCUCCUACGCAACGAGCUUUUCCGACAACGAACUGCUGAUUUGGGAAGAAUCUAAAACACAACUCUGGCUGUAUUUAGGAAAUUUUGUAACAGAGUUUUACAUCCCAGACAUGAAUUCUUUACUGAGACACAUCUAUGUGACCUGGGAGUCUCAGCGGGGUGAGAUAACAGUCUGGGUCAAUGGGAGACGCAGGGUACGGAAGGUUGGUGGAAAGGGUCAGGUUGUGAAAGGGUCUGGCCAGUUUAUUCUAGGUCAGGAACAAGACUCAGUUGGUGGAGGUUUUGACGCCAGUCAGUCGUUUGUCGGAGAGAUAACUGAUGUUCACCUGUGGGAUCAUGUUCUCCAACCCAAUGACAGAGAUGAUCAGCCAGGGUUGUUUCAGUAAAGGAGGGAACAUCAUUGACUGGAUAUUAACAAUGUUUACAUCACGAGGGUACGUAAGAAUUAA